AGGAGGAACUGUCAUCGAAGUGGUUGGCAACACUGCUUGACAGCCGGUAGCAUGUGAAUUUUUGGUCAUAUCUGCAUAUUGUAGUUUUUCUUUUGAAAAUUGUACCAUACAGAGAGGUGUUCCGCCAAAUGGAAAUGUGGAAAAAUCAUCCAUGAUUCAGAUGUCGUGCAGAAGAGUGCUAGCCCAAGAUUGGUCAUCCAGCAGGUAACUCAUCCGGAAGGUGUUUCAAGUGCAGGUAAUUUGUUUUUUUAAGUGAAAAAAAAAGUGAAGUGACUGAAGAAGAAGAAAAGUAAUGAUCCAGCACAGUGGAUGAGUUCCGGAGGAUCUUUGGGAGUUGGCGAAGAGUGUGUUAAGUGUGUUGUGUUGUCCCUCAGAAAGAAAAAAGAAGAGUGAAGUGAGACUGUGAAGUGUAAUUGUUGAUUCAAUUGGCAAGAAAAUCAAGAAGAAAUAUGUAUUCAUCCCGGAAUGAGAUCAUGGUGGAAUCCCAGAAUGAUCAGCAGGGUCAGAAGAAGUACAAUCGCCCAGCUAACACAAAUGUUAAGCGGAGGAAUGCAUCUGGUGGUCAGAAUGUGUCCACGGGUGGGAAUAAGAGGAGGAUUCAGUAUCAGAAUAACAACAAAAUCAAUCAAAUGCUCUUCCCAAAUGUCUCAGACAGACGCUCCUACCAGCCACAGGGUGACCUUUCGCCCGUGAUUGAGAUCACAGUUGGCGGAAAUAACAAAAGAGCCAGUCAGUACGCAGGGCAAGCGCAACUGACAUCUCCUGGGCAUCCAACGGGGAACACUGGGCCCGAUGGUCAGUGCACCAACGACGACCAGAUGCACCCCUCAAAAUUCCACCAUCCGCACUACAAUCGCAACCACUUCCACCACAACUCCCACCAUCAUCAGAACAAUCAUCACAGCUCCCGGACGGGGCAGUAUCUGUACCAGGGAGAUGGCAGGAAUGCAGGCAGGGCCUCGGUGGAUCACAAGUGGCACUGCAGCGGAUGGGGAGCGUGCACUUGUGGCUACCAGAAGCAUCAAUGGAGUGGCAGGGAUUACUCAAGGACGCCCAAUCAAAAGAGUUCCGGGAAUUUCAUGUACACGGAGCCACCGGCCAACAGUCGGUCUCCUACGCCGAGUCUCAAGUCAGAGAGCCCCCCAGCAAUGACCCCCAAUGUCCUCAAUUCGCCCAUCCUGGCCAGUCAGCUAGAACUCAAUCAGCUGAUGACCAUGUCCUCAGAUUCACAGUUGUCCAUCGGCAAUCGAAGUCACUACACGAAUGGCUACGAAUCAGAUUCUUCCCAUUCGAGUAAUAUGCAACAGCAGCAGCAUCAGCAACAGCCCUACGUCACUUCCUGUGACUACUUCUUCGAUCUCUCCUCCUCAAGCUACCAGCUGGGGGAACUUCUGACACCUCAGCAGCAUCAACAGUUGGUAGCCAGUAGUCAGAGUUCCCUCAGCAGUAGCCACACAGCCUCAGAGGAUCAAUUGGCGCCCGGAAGUGCCUUCAGCUACGAACUCCUGCCCUACAUCAGUCCUAGAAGCUCCUACGGGAUGCUGUACUCAGAACCCACUCUGAUCAAUCAUGAGAUGGAUGGGUAUCUGAGGAAGAGAUUUGGGAGCAUAGCGGGAUCUCCUUCCAAUGAACCGAGGCGGGGAGGGAUUACGGGAUUUCCGUCCAGGAAGCUAAAGCGUCAAAUUGUAGAAACGCCUCCGGAUCAUUUUAUAGCCAGGGCGCAUCUGGUGAUGACCAAGAAGGUGCCGAAGCAACUGCUGACCGGUGGGCAGUGGGAUGAUCUGUCACAGAUGGUUUGGAAUAGGUUUAUGGGGGUGCAACAGACGGAGGAGACGUACGUGAAGAAGAUGAACUUGUGGAAGAGUCUCUUUGUCUACAUUAGAAGUCAGUAUCCACGUUUUGGGCUGUAUCUAGUGGGAUCGACGAUGACGGGCUUUGGGGCGGACACUUCGGAUGUGGACAUGUGCUUACUGUCAAAAUACAGGACAGAGCUAGAGCCGAGGAUAGAGGCCAUUGUCAAUUUGACAGAACUUCAGAAUUUUUUGGCACUGAACAAAAAAUAUGAAAUGUUCCAUCUGAUUGAGGCCAAAGUGCCAAUCUUGCGCUUCCGAGAUGUGGAGAAUCAUAUUGAAGUGGACCUGAACUACAACAAUUGUGUUGGCAUCCGCAACACUCAUCUGUUGUACUGGUACUCAAAUAUGGAUUGGCGCGUUCGGCCUCUGGCUCUGGUGGUUAAGGCAUGGGCUCAGUAUCACUGUAUCAACAAUGCCAAAAACUCAACAAUCUCCAGCUACUCGCUGGUGCUGAUGGUGAUACAUUUCCUUCAAGUGGGCGUCAAUCCCAUCAUUCUGCCGUGCCUGCAUGAGACGCAUCCGGAGAAAUUUGGCGUUGCAAAUGACAUUCGUACCAUCAAUAUCAAUGAACAACUUAAGCCGUUCCAUUCGCAGAAUCAACAAUCUCUUGGUGAACUCUUUCUCCAAUUUCUCGAGUACUUUAGCAAUUUUGACUAUUCUCAGUACGCUAUCUCAGUGAGAACAGCUUCGUGCUUAUCCAUUGAGUACUGUCGGAUGCAACGAAGUCCCAAGAAUGAUCAGCAUCAAUGGAAACAUCUGUGCAUCGAAGAACCUUUCGAUCUCACCAAUACGGCUCGUUCUGUCUAUGACAGUGAAGUUUUUGAGAAGAUCAAGUGCAUCUUUGUUUGGUCCUGGAGAACUUUGGAGGCAACAAUGGAUCUCAAUGCCAUCUUCAAGCCAGCCUAUGGCUAUCCCUUUCACUCUACACCGAGUCGCUAAAAGACUUUUGCGUGUGUUUAGUUAUUUUUUUUCUCAAAAACAAAAAAAAAAAGACUGAGCAUUUGUCACGAUCAAGGAGCAAAAAAAUAUCCCCUCAUCACAAAAAAAAAAAAAAAAACAAAAAAUAAAAUUAAUUUGGGAAAGAAAAGACUGGCUCAGGAUAAAAAAAAAUCAAAGAUGAGGGAGAAGAAAUUGAAAGAAAAAGCUCCAAUCAUUCCCAUCUUCAGAGAUUCAGUAUUUAAUCUGGCUAUCGCGAUUCUCGAAGUGAAGUUUUUCAAGUGAAAACACAGAGAAAAAUAUCUCGGACUUUUAAUUGUCAAAAUGGAGAUUUUUCUUCCUAUCAAAAAGGAUAUUAUUGUGAAGAUUAUAAUUGUUGCUCAACUAGUCGCAUAGCGCCAAAAUUUUCAACGUUAAAUUAGGAAAAAGUUCACUGUAAAAAAAAUAACUGAAAAUUCUUUCUCUUAGCCACCCCGAAAAGAAAAUGGCAAGAAAAAGGACAAUUUAUAUAAAAAAAAGUUUCUGUGAAACUCAAUUUUUCAUCAAGGAAAAGCACUCAGUUUGAGUUGCAAAAAAAGAAAAAUUUUAAAGUGAAGAAUUUAGCUGAGGAAAAAUUAGUGAGAGAGUUUAAAAAGUGCCUUUUCAUUUUCAUCAAAAAACAAACACAAGAAAAUCACUUGGAUAUUUUAAAAAGAAAAAUUUAAAAAAAAGAUGUGAGGGCACUUUGUAAAAAAUUAAAAAAAAACAUGGCUGUGAUUAGCAGUUUCAAGCGAGUAAAAAGCUAAUUAAGAGCGUAGGAGAUUAAAGAAAAAAAACGCGUUCAGUCUCCGGAGAGACAAUGAAAAAAAUGGGAACAAAAAUUGUGAAAGGAAGGAUAAAGUAAAAAAAAUCAAUAAUUUUGCAAUAAGGAAAGAUAAAUCAUAAAAAUUACGGUUUCCGGAUUUAAAAAGUUAAAAAAAAUUAAUUUAGAAAAAAAUGUUGAGCUUUCAGUGUAAAGAAAAAACCUUUAAAAAUAUCCCCCAAAAAAAAUAUUUAAAAAAAACUAGUAAAAAAUAUACCAGAUAAAAAAACCAUUAAAAUUACAAAAAAUUAUCCCAUCGAUUUGCAGAAAAAAAAACAAUAAUAGUUAAAGAGUAUUUUGUAAAUGAGAAAAAAAAUUGCAGAAAUGCUAGGAUUGAAGGUAAUUUUAAAAAGCGGUCUCUAUCAUUAAAAAUUUUGCGCACAAACGGUUUAUCAGAAAAGAAAAACUUUCAAAGUGAAAAAAAUCAGUUUUUGAGUAUAAUGAGAAAAAGCUAAUGUUCCAUUUUUAUUGUUCUUAAGGGGAUUUACCAAUAAACUGUACGAGAGAGAGUGCAAAAAA